GUAAAGAACUUCCAAAAUUCAACCGGGAAAAGAAAAGAAGAGAAAUUUUUUCAGAAACCCUAAUCCAAUCUCCAAGAUAUGGCGAAUCAGCACUCGCCGUCGGCGGCAUCGGCAGCGACGGCGGCCACGGUCCAGCCUUCAUCACCGCGGUUCCUCUUCCCCUCAACUGGUGGGGUGCCGUCAAGCCCCUCCACAGGAUCACAUCGCCGGAUCGGGAUCGCUGUUGAUCUCAGCGACGAGAGCGCCUAUGCGGUCCGCUGGGCCGUCCAGCACUACCUUCGCCCUGGUGACACUGUGAUCCUUCUCCACGUCCGCCCCACCAGUGUUCUCUAUGGUGCUGAUUGGGGCGCGGUGGAUGUCUCCUUCAACGCCGUUGCUGCUGACGGUGACUCGUCGGAGGAAUCGCAGCGGAAGUUGGAGGACGAAUUUGAUGCGUUCACGACGACCAAGGCGCAGGACCUGGCGCAGCCGCUGGUGGAGGCGCAGAUCCCGUUCAAGAUUCACAUCGUGAAGGAUCAUGACAUGAAGGAGAGGCUUUGCUUGGAGGUGGAGAGAUUGGGACUUUGCGCGGUGAUUAUGGGGAGUAGAGGGUUUGGGGCGUCGAGGAGCAGCAGCAAGGCGAGGCUUGGGAGUGUUAGUGAUUACUGCGUGCAUCAUUGUGUUUGCCCUGUGGUCGUGGUUCGGUAUCCCGAUGAUGGGGCAUGCGUAGGAGCUGUGGAUAGUGAGAGUGGAUUGGUGGAGAGCUUGCCAGAGGAAACGCAGGAGUUUGUAGAUGCCUCUGAUGAUCCUAAAGAUGCUUGAUUCGGAUGAGGGCUGUGGCAUGGUCCCCUUGAUUCAGAUUGAAAUGCAACUGUCAUAGAAAUAGAUGAGAGAGGCCUUUAUCAGGUACUUGUCAUUGUCAACCAUGCGCCUGCUGUUUGAUUUGUGAAAUAUCACCAUGUUGUCAGAUGAAUGUUAUUAGCAGAAUUGCCAUUUUGGCUUUUCCCAUG